AUGCGCUCAAGUUUAUCAUGCGCAUUUUGCCGAAUUCAGCGACCAACAUUCGAGGAGCAAGUGCAGCCAAGUCCACGGGCGGAACAGAAUCCGAGAUCGCAGCUAGAAUCUAAUGAUUCUUUCCAGCAUUACGAUAAGAGAAAAGUCGAUGAACAUAUUUCCAGCUUGCCCAAGGAUAUGAUUCUGAAAUGCUUAAACAUUUUCAACAACAAGUUUCCUGAGCUUGGACUUUUGCACAUGCCGUCUGUGAUUCGAGAGCUGGAGUGCAUACGCUCUGAACAAACCAAAGCCUUGCUAGGGGCCGUUCUCGUUGUGACGAAGCCUCAUGGGAUGAUUUUCAAUCCGGCAUGGGUUGACGGCUUGCUAGAUGCUGACAUCUAUGCCGUCUAUACCAGAGAGAUGCUUUCUGGCCUUGUUCUGGAUUCCCCUAGCAUACAAGUUGUGCAGGCACUUCUCAUCAUAACAUUGCACGAGUGGGGAUCUCGCAAUUUCCACAAAGCGUGGGUAUAUUGUGAAGGGAUCGCGAUUCGCAUCAUGCAAGCUAUUCAUAGCCUCCGAGUGACCAGGUACCCGCUGGACACUGAAGCCGAUACUAGAAAUGACGUAAUGUCAGUGGCCAUCGAGAACAGAGUCUUCUGGGCGUGCUUCAUCAUGGACCGGAUGGUUAGCUCAGGUACUUAUAACCCACCUAUGCUUCCGAUGUCGGAAAUGGAGAAAUUGGGUAUCUUACGCCCACUCAGCACCGUGGAAUUUGCCUUCGGGACAGACUUAGCAUCUCAUUCACUCGGUAUCGAGGAAAGCUUGAUGCGAUCGGAGCAUCAUCCCACGGGACUUUUGGACAUUACCCAAAGCUUUGAGAUCCUGGUCUCGGGAUUCGAUAUAUGGGCCCAGGUAAUGACAUUUAUUUUGAACGACGGAAGGCGCGCCCCGGGAAUGUGUGCCCCUCAGAAUUGUCCCUGGGUCCCUGGUUCUCCGUGGUCGCGUACUAGAAGUCAACUUGAAAGAUGGAGAGCCAGCCAGCAUGAUCGACUUUAUUACCCCAAUAAUGGUGUCGUUGCGCAUAUGAGCUUGGGCUACGGGGAGUCAUUUACGUACUCCAAUUUACUAUACUAUGUUAGCACGCUCAUGCUGCAUCGAGAGUACUUCCCAUUCCUACCAUUGAAUGAGGCAGGUCCUCGCGGCCCCAUUGACCACCCUACACUCGAAGCCGAGGCACCGCCGGGUUGGUGGGAAGAGAGUGCCAAAGAAUUAUUCAAAGCAACGGAACAGAUUGCCCUAUUGUUGCACGAAGCCUCGGAAUGUGGUGUCAGUUUGUACACGCCGUUCAUUGGCUUUUGCGCGUUCUCCGCGGCCAACAUGAACAUUUACGUUCAUCGUUUCCCUAAAAUGAAUCUCGGCCGUAGUCUGCGGGCAGAAGAAGGCUUGCAUUACUGUCUCGCCUAUCUCUCGGGGUUUCGGAAGGUUUGCAAGCUUGGAGACGGUUGGCUCACAACAAUUGAGCAUUCAUCCCUUUUAUAUGAACGAGCUGCAUCCGACCGACAUCGCUAUCAAGGCAAAACGCGAGCUGACUUCGAUAUCCUGCAUCAAUCCAUCCAUGAAUUUCGCGUAGUCGAUAGAUCAAAUGAUUACAUUCAAGAGAUUGAGGGCGCGGAAAGAGCUGCCGGACAGGAUGGCAAUCAUCCUCCAUACCACAUCAGGGAGCCACGCGCUAAUCCAGUUGACGUUGAGAUGCCACUGGGCCAGUUACUCGUUGAAGCUAGUAACUUUGCGCAUGAUCAGGGGGCUUGGGGUCACUGGUGGCCUUCUCUUGAAGAAGUCGAUUUGGCAUUGGGUUUUGAAGGAACAUAA